AGUCCCCUGGGACCUACCCCACAUGGACCGAGUCGCAGAACCUCGCCUUCCCAGCUUGGUUGUCCAGUCCGGUUCGGAGUUCGCUAUCCUUGGUCCUAAAGCGGUCACGCCAAGCUACGAGCUUAUCCAUUAUCAGGGGUCAAUGGAGGAGCGUAGUAGUGUGUCCUUGAGUCCAGGAGCGUCGGAGCACUAGGCACAACAAGGAACAGAUGAUUUGGUGGUGAACUAAGUAUUUGUUACCCAUGGCGGGACGGUCCGGUAACUCCCCGUCCGCGGCGCGCCAUCGCUCCUUCCUCGUCCGUUCCGCGACUCCAGCUCGCGUCGCGAUCGUCGCGGCGUUGCUAGUCGUCUCGCUCUUCCUCGUCCUCCCGCAAUCCACGCGCGACCUCUUACUCUCCGCGGCGCCGGAAUCCCUCUCCCCCUCCGCAUUUCCGGAUCUCGAGACUCCCCCUGCCACGCUAGGCCAGAACGCUGACGUGGAAGAGGUUAAGCAGUCGCCGCUGGUCCCGCUGACGGUGCUUGCUGACCUGGAUGAUGACGGGGCAGUGUGCUUAGAUGGCUCCCCGCCAGCCAUCCACCUGUCGCCCGGAUGGGGUCGUGGGUCCAACAACUGGGUGAUUUACCUCGAGGGCGGAGGCUGGUGCAGUGACGAGUGCGCGCAACGCUCCCGCGGCGCUCUGGGGUCGUCCAAGCGCAUGGGGAGAAUCAUGCCCUUCGGGGGGAUCCUCUCCCACGACCCUAAGGUCAACCCUGAUUUCUACAACUGGAAUCGGGUCUACUUUCAUUAUUGUGACGGUGCCUCUUUCCUCGGUGACACAAACGAGCCAGUCCAGGCACAAUCCCGCCUUGUCUUUUUCCGAGGGAGGCGCAUCUUCACCGCCGUGAUCCGGCACCUCAUCUCCCACCACAACAUGGGGGCGGCAUCGCUUGUCUUAUUAUCCGGCUGUUCUGCGGGCGGUGUGGCCUCCCUGCAGAACUGUGACAGGCUGGCGGGGAUUCUCCAGCAAUCGUCCAGCCAAUCAGGAGCGAGCGGAAGAGAUGGAGGGGAGGAAGUAGGGAAGGAAAGAGGGGAGGAAGGGCCGGUGGUGAAGUGCAUGGCUGAUGCGGGGUUCUUUCUGGACUCACAGGAUGUUGGAGGGGUGCGGCGCAUGCGAGAGCGGUUCAGAGCGGUCGUUGCAACCCAGAACGUGUCCCUGAAUGCGCACUGCACAGCUACUGUUGCACUGGAAGACCACUACUUGUGCUUCUUCCCGGAGCAUCUCCUUCCCUUCCUGCUCCGCCCGUUCUUCAUCCUCAACCCUCUCUACGACUCCUGGCAGGUCUCCAACUCCUUCGCGCAUCGCCAGUCUUUUCCUGCCCUAGAGUGGCAUGAGUGCCGCAACGACCUGCACUCCUGCCCUCCCCACCUGCUGCAGCUACUCCAUGUCUACCACCACCACAUGGUUUCCAACCUCUCUCCUUUCCUCCCUGCCGCAAACAAGCCCGUUCCGCACACGCACCCUGACCCCGAGCGCCGCAAACUCUCCUUGCUCGUCGGAGGGGCAGGGGGGGAGGGUGGGGGGUCAGAGGGGGAGGAGCAAGAGGAGGAGGAGGGACGAGCCAAGGAUGGUAGAGAGGAGGAGGAGAGCGGAAGAAAGGACGAUAACGAGGAGGAGGAGAAUGGAAGAAAGGAUGAUAAGGAGGAGGAGGAGAAUGGAAGAAAGGGUGAUAAUAGGGAGGAGGAGAGAGGAAGCAAGGAUGAUAAGGAGGAGGAGGAGAGAGGACACGUGAGUGUGGCAGUAGGGAAGGGAGGAGGGAGGGGCAGUAUAGGGCAGGAAGAGAGUGGAGACGGGGGGGAUGGAGUGGAGGGGGAGAGAGGAGGGGAGGAGGGGGAAGAGAAAGGGAGAGGGGAUGGAGGUGGGGAGGAGCAGGGGGGCGAUGGGGCGAGGGAUGGUGAGGAGGAGGGGGGCGAUGGGGCGAGGGAUGGUGACGAGAAGGGAGAUGAGGACGAGAGGGGGGAUAAGGACAGGGAGGGGAGUGAGGAUGAGGGGAAAAGAGAAGAGGAGAGGGGAGGCGAGGGGGGGAGAGGAACUGAAAAAGAGUGGAAAAGUGAGGCUGGUGUGCGAGAGAAGGGGAGUGAGGAAGGGGAGGAAGGGGAGGAAGGGGAGGAGGGUGGCGAGGGGGAGGAAGGGGAGGAAGGGGAGGAAGGGGAGGAGGAUGAGGAGGUUGGGGAUGACCAGGCAGUUGGGGGAAGGAAUAAGGAGUUGGAUGCACAGAUGGGAAGUGCUGUGCCCGGUAGCAUGGAUGGCGGUGUGCGUCGUGGCAUGGAUGGUAGCACGAAUGCUGGCAUGCAUGGCAACACACUCUCCUCGUCCACAUCAUCUGGUGCACAAGGGAGCUUGCGGAAUGGAGCACUGCUGCUGUCAUGCCACACACACUGCAUGGCCCUCGCAUCAUCUGCAUGGCACGGUCCGGGGGCUCCUCAUGUUGCUGGCAAGACGAUGGCAGAGGCUGUUGGCAACUGGUAUUUCGACCGUGAAGAUACUAACCUAGUUGACUGCCCUUUCCCUUGCAACCCAACUUGUCCUAGAGCAAUGUAACAGAAAAUAUAGUAUGCACGACUUGUCACUGUUCAGUAUCAUGAAGUGUACUGAGU